GAAAAUUGCCUUGUGGGUGCCUAUAUAAGUGGUGGAAUCUUUCUUUGGGUGUUUGUGUUUUGCAAUAGUGGGGUUGUGGGGGUUUCGGGUUUUGUCGCUUCUCCUCUGGUGCAAUUCUUUGAGUUAAAAGUCUCUUCUUUAAGAUGAGUUACCUGGGUGUUGGUGUUAGCCCUGGAAAUGUCCCAGUAUAUCAUGGCACCAAUUUAAAGGUGGUUGAUCGGAGAGUGAGGCUUGCAGAGUUGGUCUUGAGGUGUGUGAUAUGUGGUUUGGGUAUUCUUGCCGCUGUUCUUGUGGGGACUGAUACCCAGGUCAAGGUCAUCUUCACAAUUCAGAAGAAAGCUAGAUUCACUGACAUGAAAGCUCUUGUCUUUCUGGUGAUUGCUAAUGGGAUAGCUGCUGCCUACUCAUUGAUCCAAGGGCUGCGCUGUGUUGUGAGUAUGGUCAGAGGAAGUGUACUCUUCAGCAAACCUUUGGCUUGGGCCAUCUUCUCUGGCGAUCAGGUAAUAGCAUAUUUGACAUUGGCAGCUGUGGCCGCAGCAGCACAGUCGUCAGUAUAUGGAGAGUUUGGGCAGCCGGAGCUACAAUGGAUGAAGAUAUGCAACAUGUAUGGGAAGUUCUGCAACCAAGUGGGGGAGGGAAUAGUGAGUGCAGUGGGGGUCAGCCUCAGCAUGGUGAUCCUCUCUGGUAUUUCUGCUUUUAGUCUCUUCCGUUUGUAUGGAGGCAACAAGGGGACGAGCAGUGGGAGAUGGUAGGUUUGGUUAUUACUCCAAACUCUUCGCUGGUUCGUACCCCUGAGGUUCUGUAACUUUGGGAGUCACAUGGUGAUGAAAACCGGGCUUUGUGGCUGUUUUCCAGUUCAACAAUAAAUCAAAGCAAGAGCUUGUUCAGUUGAGUUAAUUCAUAAAUUUGUCUCAA